GCAGUUUUAAACCAGCGCAAGCAUCCGCGGGAGGAACUUUUCUACCGCGCCUGCGCGAGGGCACCCUCGCCUUCUCUUUGUUGGGCUUCGGGGGGUUGGGCGCCAUUUUGCGCGGCGGCUGAGUGGAGGCGCUGAUUGGGUUUCGGGGACCGGUGGCGGAGCCAAUCAGAGCGGGACCCGAACCGGGGGAGCAAGGCACGGUUUCUGAUUGAAGAUUGGAUAAAGAAUCGAUACAGAAAACUAUGGAGCAGUAUACCACAAACAGCAGUAGCUCAACAGAACAGAUAGUUGUGCAGGCUGGACAAAUACAGCAACAGCAGCAGGGUGGUGUGACUGCUGUCCAGUUGCAGACUGAGGCUCAGGUGGCAUCUGCCUCAGGCCAGCAAGUUCAGACCCUCCAGGUAGUCCAGGGUCAGCCACUGAUGGUACAAGUGAGUGGAGGCCAGCUAAUCACAUCAACUGGUCAACCAAUUAUGGUACAGGCUGUACCUGGAAGCCAGGGUCAAACUAUUAUGCAAGUUCCGGUUUCAGGAUCACAAGGACUUCAGCAGAUUCAGUUGGUCCAACCUAGUCAGAUUCAGAUUCAAGGUGGACAAGCGGUACAAGUUCAGGGCCAGCAGGGCCAGACACAGCAAAUCAUCAUCCAGCAGCCACAGACAGCAGUAACAGCUGGCCAAACACAGACCCAGCCACAGAUUGCAGUCCAAGGACAACAGGUAGCGCAGACAGCAGAAGGUCAGACAAUUGUCUAUCAACCAGUUAAUGCUGAUGGAACAAUUCUUCAACAAGUUACAGUCCCUGUUACAGGCAUGAUCACCAUCCCAGCAGCCAGUUUGGCUGGAGCACAGAUUGUUCAGACUGGAGCCAACACCAAUACAACUAGCAGUGGACAAGGGACAGUAACAGUGACUCUGCCUGUUGCUGGAAAUGUGGUUAACUCUGGUGGAAUGGUCAUGAUGGUGCCAGGUGCUGGAUCAGUGCCAGCUAUCCAAAGAAUACCUUUGCCUGGGGCUGAGAUGUUGGAGGAAGAGCCACUGUACGUAAAUGCAAAACAGUAUCACCGGAUUUUGAAGAGAAGGCAAGCAAGAGCCAAGUUAGAAGCUGAAGGAAAAAUACCUAAAGAGAGGCGGAAAUAUCUCCAUGAAUCCAGACAUCGUCAUGCGAUGGCAAGGAAACGAGGAGAAGGGGGACGUUUCUUUUCUCCAAAAGAAAAAGAUAGUCCCCAUAUGCAGGAUUCUGGCCAGGCAAGUGAAGAAGCUAUGACACAGAUGAUUAGAGUAUCCUAACAACCAACUAAAUAACAAAACAUCUGGACAAACAUCUUGUGUCUCUGCAAUUGUUCCCUCUCCUUUCUAUCAAAUCAACUUCUGAAGGGGAAAAUUUGCUACAACCUUGUUCUUUAUCAGAACAAAUAAUAUACUCGCAGUGAGUCAUUUGUUUUAGCUUUUAAAUGCAGUGGAUUCAAUCAACUGAGGUACUAAUGGAGUGUCCAUUCACUCUUCUCAGACCGGGGAUUGAAAGUCUGGCUCAAGAGGCCUUUAACAUUCUUGGCAGGACAAAGGCCCAGCUUGAUAGCAAUAGCAAUAACUGACUUGUUAUACGACAGCUAUACCGUUUGGAAACUAUGGGGUUUGAACCACACAGAAAUACUAAUGUUUGAAACAGCCAGAGCUGACAUGUUUUGUUUUUUCAAUGUGAUUUUUUAGUCUCACAGAUGCCGCUUUUUAUUAGGAUUAUUAUUACUUUCUAGCAGCAUAACUUUCUAUUGUUGAAGCAUAAUCUCUCAUAAAAUCUUGACAAGAUGCCGAAAGUUGUCCUUGAAAUACUGUCCAUCAUAUAUCUAUCUGGGACAAAAUUAAUCUCAUCUCAGGGAAUGGCCAUUGAUUUUAUGGCUAGUAAAGUGUUUUGUAGCAGAAUUGUGUUUUUGACAGUUAAAGUUCAUUAACUUGCUCCCCUAAAACCUGGCCCUGCAGGUUGUGGAAUGUCUCCAGUUAUGCAGACUAAUCCUUUGCCUGGACCCAUUGAUUUUCUGUGAUCAAAGGAUAAGAUGCAAUACUGACCUGUGAACAUCAGACAGUAUGUAAGGACCAUUCAUGUAACCAAAUCAAAACUCUCUAUAUCCUGUCAAAAUUCAGACUGCUUUGGAUAUGAAAAUAUAAACUCUCCUUUCAAAUUUUACAUAUAAUGUACUUUGUAAAUCUAACAAUUCAAAAUCUAUUAUUUCCUCUUGUGAAGAGCUUUUUCUUCCCCUUGGUCCUGAAUGACCAAGUCUUAUGUUUUAUUCUUACACAAAACUGCAAAACCAUAGUCGUUUUUUGCAAUCUCACUUGAUCAUUCAGAUUUUGACAUCAGAUCUGACAUUCCUUCCUGCACAUACCACUUUGUUUCAUUUGUAUAUCUUCCAUUACUUAAUUCUGGUAAAUGCCAAGACGUCUGCUUUUCAGCCCUUCAGUUGCUCAGCAAAUCUGAGAAUGGAGGAAUACUGGAGUUGGUCUGUUACGAAAAACAGCAGUGAGCUUGACACAAGUACUGCAUACAAAAAGUGGUCUGGUAAUUGACCAAUACAUUUUUAAAAGGGGGUCUUGUGAUUUUGGAAGAAGUGGUCCCUUACUGGAAACAGUAGACAUUGGUCCUCACUUAAAUUUUGUUGUAGCUUGGAGAAGUCUGCCUUCACAGAAUUCCUUUUUUACUUGAAAUAGAAGCAAGUUCAAAAGGGAUGAAGAGAGAGUAUGUAAAUGCAAAUUAUUGUUAUAAAAACAACAACUUAUAUUUAACAGGCUGGUAAACCUUUGGAAUUAGUUUUGACAAAUUUCAACUUGAAGUUGGCUGUGGACCGAAUUUUAAGCAGUUGCUGGUCACAUGAAGUCAGUGCUCUAACUUAAGCUCUUGGCAGCAAAGGGAUUUGUUUCAUUUGGUAUCUGUAAAGUCCUGUUUAAGUCUGUAUUAUAGCUUGGGUAUUUAUAAAUGUGUUUCCUUCAGUCUUUCUGAUCUUUCCUUUAUAUUUUUAGUAUACUGGGUAUUUGAUUAUUGUCUUGUUUUUCAGCUGGCUGCUUCAGCAUGUAGCAUUUCUCUUCACUGUUUUAAAUAACAAAUAUCUGAUUGGUAUUUAAGUGAUGGUAUUAGUGAAGGAACUAUUAAUGCUUUGUGGGUGGGGAAUGGAUUUUCCUUUCUACUAUUGUUGUAUAUUGGCCUUCCUACAUCUUUUAUCUUCCAGAUGUGUUUAGGUCCAUUGGUCCUAUAAUUCCCAUUGACAAUUCCCAAAGGCUAUGCUUUCUGGGAAUUCUUGGGAUUAAUCCCAAAAUAUCUGUAGAACAUCAGGUUUGGGAGGUUGCUGUAAAUAUUAAAAGCACUGAUGCAUUUUGAAAUAAUGCUGAAUGAGGGGAAGAUACUUUAUUGUUUGGGUUAGGGAUUUUUCUUCCCAUAAAUUCCUCUUUUCAGAUGUCAUUUUAAUACUGCAUAUUGGGGUAUUAAGAGGAUCAAGGUUCUCCUAAUUCUAAUGUAUAUUUAAAACAUAACAAUACAUUUGCAACUUAAAACUAUCUAGCCAUUGCAACCUUUACAUUUAUUAAAAAUAGAAAUAAAAAUGGUCUUUGUGAUUUCUGUAUGUAGAUGAAGCAGAAACCUAUUUAAUUUUAGUCUUUAGAAAAUUUCUCUAGUUAGGUUUUUCUGUAAUGGUGUAAAUUACCUGAUAGAAUCUAUUAUUCCAAUGGCUUAGAUUUCAUGUGUGUAGGACAAAUAUAUUUCAAACUAUUUUUUAAUCUUGGGAAUCUCAAACUACAAGAUAAUGCAAAAUGUUUUGUUCUCAAGCAAAAAUUAAAAGUAAAGUAAUACCAAAUGCAAACUCUUAAUUAGAAAUGAAAAGAGAGACCAUGACAUGCUUAAUUGGAAAUAGAUUUAAGGAUAAAGAUGUAGUGGGUUUAAGGAACGUGUGAAUUCUUCUUUUGAAUUAGAAAGCACUGGAAUGUUGAGCCUAUAUAAAAUGGCUUGAUACUUAGGGAGGGAAUAGGUAACCCCCAAGUGAUGUUUCUUCCAAAAUUUUGCAUGUAAAAAAAAAACUUAUUUUUCUUUUUUCUUUUUGGGUUGUGAAUGGAGCUGGGGCAUUGAUAUUUGUGAAAUUGUAAUGCAAAGUUUGUAUAUAGUUCAAAAGUUUAUAAUUUUUUAUUCUGCAUUUUGAAGUGUAUUUUGUCUUUAAUAGAUACAACUGUAAGUACUGUGUACACUAUUAAACCAAUAAAAUGUUUAUAAAAUA